UCUUUUGUGUAACAAUGACGAGCUGUCUCGCUCUUCCAAAAACCCGCCCUUUUGCAGGCACCCGUGCGCGUUUUCCAUACCUACAACAGCGUUGGAUCUCGGCCAUGCUUCGAGUUGCAUUGCGUCGCCCGACCUUGAUCCGCGCUGCUGCAUUAUCGAAGCGAUCCAUCUCCAACACACCCUUUUUAUCUAAGCGGGUCACACGAGGGAGUCUUGACGACGUUUUUAAAGAAGUGGAACCUGCUCCUGCUACUGUAACCGAAAAACAGACAGCGCCACGGAAAAAACAGCAGCAGAAACGAAAACAAGUGGAAGCAAAUGACGGAAAUCUCGAACCCAAGCCUGAUUCCACCGGCUCAAUUGUUUUGGAUACGGUUAGAAAAUAUACCAAAAAGCAUCCGGACUGCGUCCUGCUCGUACAAGUAGGCGACUUUUACGAGCUGUACGAGUCUCAUGCUACUCAGUAUGCUACGCGAUUGGACCUGAAAUUGACGCGAAAAGAAAUGACGUCCGGCGUGAUUGUUGACUUUGCUGGAUUUCCCUCGCGCUCGCUGGAUCGGUAUCUGGAUAUGCUGGUGAAUCAACUCGGAUGCCGUGUUGCCCUGUGUGAGCAAUACGCCCCGGUCAAACGCGAAAGCGAUGCAUCUGUUGUCGGUAUUCAACGUCAAGUCUCGCGCGUUAUCACGCCUGGCACUGUGAUCGAAGAACGGUUUCUGGAUUCGCAUGCUUACAACUACCUUUUGGCCAUCCUACCGACAGCACACGACAGCGGUGAAUCCGGAUUAGCGUGGAUUGACGUAUCGAUAGGCGAAUUCAUGGUCCAGUCUUCUAAAGUCAAUGUACUCAAGGACGAUAUUGCACGUAUCCGGCCUCGAGAGAUCAUUUUACCGAAAACACUAAAAUCGGUGAUUGAAGACCAAGAUCUCAACCACCCUGUCGUCCGCAUCGUUUCCAGUAACCCGGGUAUUUCUGUGACGUUCGUGCCAGAAGAUCGAUUCGAUAGUAACGCGGGUCAGCGUGUCAUUGAAACCAUGUUCGGAUCCGUGGCAGACGACGCUUUUAGCAGCCCUGAACUUGCAGCUAGCAAUGCACUAUUGAAUUACAUUGGCGACACCCAUCCGCACGGAAAGCCUCGGCUCCUCAAGCCUAUCCGUAUGAGCAUUGACGAAACUUUACAGAUCGACAGUGCUACAGUCGCAUCGUUAGAGCUCGUGAAAAGUUUACGUGAUGGAGGGAAAACAAACAGUUUGCUAAGCUGCCUCAAUCACACUGUGACAAAUGCUGGAUCGCGACAGCUCACUCAGUGGCUAUUAGCACCGUCUUCCUCCAUCAGCACAAUCCAACGCCGCCACGAUAUUGUCGAGUUUUUUGUAUCCGAUAAUUUCAUUUUGGAUGACGUUCGUACAGUUCUUAGAGAUAGCGCGGACGCACAACGAGCUUUGCAACGAUUGGCGCUCCGUCGUGGACAGUACUCAGAUUUGAUCGAAAUAGGGUCGACCUUGAAUGCUAUCAAAAUAACCAAAGACAUACUGCGAAGCGUGCGUUCAGAAACAGCAUCAUCGUCGCUGUCAUCACCAACAGCAGCGAUAGUGGAUCUGGCGAUGUCGCUUGAUCCGCACGAGAGCCUUGCUGAUUAUAUCGCGUCGGUUAUUGAUCCGGAGCGGAUCUUGUCCGACGAGACCAAAGACGCGAGCUAUGGGUUCAUUAACGCUGAUUUCGAUCCGCAGCUACGAAACCUUCAUCAAACGCUUAACGCGUUACACCGAAAAAAGGACGCUUUUCAAGAAUCAUUACGAGCGAUUUGCGGCAACUCAGCAUCCCUGCUAGUGAAUACGCUAUACAAACACGUCGUGGAAAUCAAUGCAUCACAAGCCAGCAAGCUUCUCAGCCACUAUCCACAAGCAUCGCUCGUCAAUCAAACAAAAAUCAAACAUCGCUUCCAGCUGUCAGAAUGGACCGAUCUAUCGAUCCUUAUCCAAAACACGCACGCUCAGAUUGUCGAGCUUGAAAAUCAGAUAUGGGACAAGGCCGUAGACCAUGUGCUUACGCAUUCUGCAUCCAUCAUUGCUACAAGCGCAAUCAUUGCACAACUGGAUGUGUUUUGCUCUUUUGCUUGGAUGGCACGACGACUUAAAUAUGUGCGGCCCACAAUGUACGCAGAUCACAAUACCGACAUGCGUAUCAUUGGUGGACGACAUCCUGUUGUCGAAUCAAACUUGGCGCAAAAAGGUCGAUCUUUUAUCAAGAACGACUGUAUUCUUGCUGGUGACAAGCAUCGUAGCUGGUUACUGACCGGGCCUAACAUGGGUGGCAAGAGCACAUUUUUAAGGCAAAAUGCCAUCAUCGUCAUUCUUGCACAUAUGGGCUCGUUCGUACCCGCACUAAGCGCAGAAAUUGGUGUGGCGGACAGAGUCAUGAGCCGAAUCGGUACGGCGGAUGACCUUGCUCAGGACUUGUCAACUUUCAUGGUGGAAAUGAUGGAAACGGCCAAUAUUUUGACUUAUGCGACACCACGAUCCUUGGUGAUAAUGGAUGAGGUGGGUCGUGGUACUGCUACCACAGAUGGUGUCUCGCUAGCCUAUGCUAUUUUGGCUUAUCUGCACACACAUUCAAAGUCUCGCUUGCUCUUUGCGACCCAUUAUCACGAGCUCUCGGACAUGGUUAAGCGAAGACAAGACUUGUCGACGAUUCAGCUCUAUAAAACUGACCUUUCCGAGGACAGUACUGGACGCUUUGUAUUUUUACACAAGAUUCAACCUGGUGUGUGCCAUCAAUCUCAUGGCCUUAAAGUAGCACAGUUAGCUGGCCUACCUCCUGAGGUAAUUAGUACAGCAACGAAUGUUUGGAAAUCACUGAAUAGCUCGGCUGUAUAAAUUGCACCUGCAGGCACAACAGGAAAGAAAAGUAAUAUAAAAUCUUAACGAUUUCAAUUUGAUACGUAUCAAACUGAAUAUAAUGUCAAAAAGCCUAUUAUCAGCUCCACAAUGUAUUUCCUACAUCCUCAUCGUUACUUUGUAUAUUAAAGCUUCUUAUAUAUCGUUUAACCGCCAUUUAGUACUAGCUUUGAAAAUAUAUUCUCGUACAAGAUCUUUUUCUCCACAGCAUGGAUAGCAGAAACGCAAUAAUAACAUCAUAACAAUUAAAAAAAUCAUCAGCCGCACGACAUAGCCGG